CAUGCUCUUAAGCCAUAAGCUGCUCCCACCCACAAGCUCUCUCUUCCUCUCUGCUGUCUCUCUCGCCUGGCUUCCAUUCAGAGAUUGUGCUGUGGUGCGAGAGAGAUGAUGUCGAGGGAGCGCAAGAAAGCGGCAGCUCUGCAGGAGAAGCUGCAACUCCUUCGCUCUCUCACCCACUCCCAUGCUCUGAGCAACACGUCCAUAAUCAUGGACGCCUCCAAGUACAUCAAGGAGCUGAAGCAGAAGGUGGUGAUGCUGAAUCAGGAGAUCGCUUGCGCGGCGCAAGACUCGCGCAGCAGACAGACCUCCUACCCGACGGUGAACGUUGAAACCCUAGGACACGGGUCGUUCCUCGUCAAUGUGUUGUCAGACAAGAGCUGCCCGGGGCUUCUGGUUUCCAUCCUCGAGGCCUUGGACGAGUUGGGCCUCAGCGUCCUCCAAGCCACGGCCACUUGCGCGGAUACUUUCCGCCUAGAAGCUAUAAUACGCUCUGUACCAAAAUAUAACUAGCCUACAAAAUUUGUUGAUAUGAUACAGACUGACCAAAAGAAGAAAAAUGAUGAUUUCCACUCUAUCUAUACAAACGUGCAGAACCUGAUGGAGCUAGCA